AUGAUAGGUGGAAAUGAAUCCUGUGCUGCAGGACCAAUACCUAUGUCCUACUUAACCUGCCUGACUUACAUUCUGGGAGAAUGGACUGGCGUGGAGCAUAUUGAAGAUUAUCUGAGUUAUGCAGUCUACCUUUUCUGGGUGCUUUUUCCACUUGCAGUAGUUUUUCUACUUCCAGGAGUUCUCAUCAUCCUCUUCUACACUUCCAUUCUCCUUCUUCAUGUUUAUAAAAGGAAGAAUGAACUAAAGGAAGCUUAUUCCAAUGAUUUUUGGGGUGGUGCAAAACAAAUGUUGGCUACUCUAUGGGAUGGACAUGGAAGAAUAUGGCAUGGUUAUGAGCUUCAUGGUGCCAAAAAUAUUCCUGAAGGACCAGGGCUUAUUGUGUUUUAUCAUGGACCUACUCCUGCUGACUAUGUCUAUUUCAUGGCUAGAUUUUUUAUACAGAGGAAGAGAAUCUGCCACGUAGUAGCUGAUCAUUUCGUCUUUAGAUUACCAGGUUUUAAAAUAUUACUUGAUGUAUCUGGAUGUAUACAUGGACCAAAAGAAGAAUGUGUCAGUGCUCUGAAGAAGGGCUAUCUGAUAGCCAUUGCCCCAGGUGGACUUCGGGAGGCACUCUUCAGUGAUGAAUUCUAUACUAUUAUCUGGGGUGAUCGGAAGGGCUUUGCUCAGGUGGCCAUUGAUGCAAAAGUG